UAAAACAAGGUACACUAUUUAAUGCCUAUUUUCUCAACGGCAGAUGUAUUGGAUUGGGCAGCAAAGGGUUAAUAAACGUUGUUCAUUUUAUGUUAAUAGUGUAGAUAAAAACAAGGUACAAUAAAACCAAUAAUAACUGAUAUUAUUUGUUAAUUACUAGUCACAUGCUUCAGUGCCUUUAAACAAAUGGACCCCCAUAUUGCAAUGAUAUGAGUGACCCUAGAGAUCCCUAAAUAGCGAUCUGAUGUUUGCAGAGCAGUUUUAGGUUGAAUUUAUCAAUAUCAAUGGGUCACUACUUUAAAAAGGCAGUGAUAAGAAACAGACUCUGUGGUUGAUGCUUCUUUUUUUUUGAAAACGAAAAUACUGCUGCUUCUGCUUUUCAGUUUUUAAAAUAGGGAGUUUAACCAACAGUGUGACGUGGCGGUCUGUUCAGUUCAGCUAGAGGUAUGUUCAAUAAUAUUCUUUAAAUGUGAGUUUAAUUGAAAGGUGUUUGCUUAAAGAUAAGUUUUUGACCAAAGAAAGAUCACACCUUGGUUAGGAUGUAGUUUUACUGUAGAUUCCUAACUAGACUUGAGGUUUUACAGAUUUCCAGUUUGGUUAUCUAAAGACACACAAGAACAUGAUUGUUACGGAAAACUUGCUUCUGAUUUUCUGCCUUUUUCAAGGUAUAAUUUGCAAUGAAUUUAAAGCCUUCAUGCCUCAACGUAUUAAAGCCUUGAGAGGCUCCUGUGUGUUGAUUCCAUGUACAUUCACAAUUCAAGAGAAGUAUGAGGAGGAGAUGGUGGAACCGGCCAAAGGAAUUUGGAGGACUUUUAAUAAUACCAGAGUAUUUGACUCCAGUAGAAAUUACAAUCAGAAUACCCUGAAAGCAGAGCUACUCGGUAAAGUGACUAACAAGAACUGCACCACAAUAAUAUAUAAAUUAAAAAGCAGUGAUUCAAAACGUUAUUUCUUCAGAGCAGAACCUCCUAAGUACAACUUUCAGGAGAAUGUUAUGCUUGAAGUUAUAGACUCUCCAGACAGACCAGCGAUCAGCCUGUCGAGUGCAGUGAAGGAGGGAGCUCCCACGAGUCUAACCUGCACUGCUCCGGCCCCGUGCCCAGGAGCACCUCCAGUCCUGGUGUGGAGCGACACUCUGAACGGGAGUGUGGAAAUAGAACAGGUUCCGCAGCCGGAUGGGACCAAGACUGUAUCAUCUGUUCUGACGUUCAUUGCCUCACAUCUGCACCACGACAAAGACAUCACAUGCACUGCGCAGUAUCCAGUGGUAUCUAAAACUAAAAGCGCUUACGAAGUCUUGACUCUUCGUGUUCUCUAUUCACCGAAGAACACAUCAGUGCUGAUAAACCCUUCUGGUGAAAUACAUGAAGGAAGUCACGUGACACUAAGCUGCAUCAGCAAUGCAAGCCCAGCAGCAAGCAGCUACACCUGGUUUAAAGUGAAGGGAGAUCAUAUCACUGAGAAAAGUGCUGAACAGAAUCUCACUUUCACUGACAUUAACCCGAGUGACAGUGGACUGUACUGCUGUGAAGCAAGGAAUGAGCAUGGGGCUGAGAACUCGAGCACCGUGCCACUGAAUGUAGCAUACAUGCCCCAGAUUUCACAUGAAUCCAGUUGCUCAAAAGAUUAUGCAGAAAGCAUUACCUGCGUUUGUUUGAGCCAUGGGAGUCCCUCGCCGAUCACUGAAUGGAGGAUUGCAGGAAAUACACUGGAAAAUAACACAGAUAGAGGGAGCAUCAGUAACUCAAAGUUAGAAGACCACACAAUGAGAAGCACACUCAUCCUGCUGAAGCAGUUCAUCAAAGAGCAGACGAUACAGUGUCUGAGUAAAAACCACAUUGGCACUGCAAGCUUCCAGUUCCAUGUGUUUCAUGAACAGAGGCAAGGUGCAGAAGAGCAGAUCCACUUCCUAUCAGCUCUCUAUGGGGGAUUUGUCUGCGCUGCAGUAUCACUGCUGGGUUUUUGCUUUUUCAAAUGUGUAAAAAAGUUAAUGAAAUUGAAGUCAACUGCCAGACCCAAAAGGGAAGGUACUGUAGAACUAACAGAGAUCAACGGGCUUGACCUGAGCUCCCCUCAAGAUGAAGAGGAGAACGCAAUCUACGUUAACAAACCAGCAACCACUGAAGAUCACAAACAGGGAAGCCAAGAAGACAACCUUCACUACGCCUCCAUCGAUUAUUUCAAACUGAAACCCGGCAAGCAGGAAAGUGGAACUAAACGGGCCUCUCAAUACAGCACUGAAUAUUCGGAGGUGAAGCGUCCUGGGACAGCAGGAAGUGAGAGGGAAGUUACAGACCCUCCAAUACAGGAGAACGAAUGCGCUGAGAUGAAAGGCUGCCCUGCUGAGAACAGGGAGAGCACAGGAGCUAAGAGCGUCUCGUCAGAAGAAUCGGACUACGCAGAGGUGAGACGCUAGAAGAGAAGGUAUCAGGAGCACCAGCUAAAACAUGGAGAGGAAAAAUCAGACCGGCCAGUCAUUCUACUUGUCUCUUCUUUAGCUUUGAUUAGAAACCCUUGUAAAGUUUCCAGGCGACCUAAAACUGUAGGAUGCCGUGUCCCGUUUUUAAGCAUAUUGCGGAGCAUGAUCUUAACCGAAGUGAUAUUAUCAGGAGCCUGGCUUCGUUGACAAACAGUCAGGCAUUAGAGAAGCAGGUGUUUCUAUAGAACAUGCUUGUUUUCAACAUCUUGGGCUCUUAUUUGAAGUACGAAUACAAAGGAACAUUGCAGUUUGUUUUUUGGGCCAGUUUUAUAACAUUACAACGAUUUUAUUCAUGCUGACAUUUGCUGUUACACCAGCUUCACUGUAGUGAACCAAAAACCGAAUUCAUGACCAGGCUUCUCUAUUAAGUGGUAAAAAUGUUCUUUAUUAUUGUUGUUUUUGCAUUUCGAACUUCCUUUUCAGGACUCGUUGACUUCCCCUAAUCUUAAAGGAAGCUGAGACUGUUUCUAAAACCAGAGAUCUGUUUUUAAAACUAGACUAAAACAUAUUUGUUUGAGCUAGCAUUUUUAUAAUAUGUAUAUAUCAGUUUUAGUUUUUAUUG